AUGAAGCUAAAGGAAGAAGAGACACUGAAGGCCUUCGGAUGCAUGUACUGCGCCUUUAGAUGCGACAAAAUAGGACGACUUCACAACACUGAGGAACUGCCUUCGCGAAGACAGGUAGCGAGUGAAGGAGAAUUAACGAGGCGAGUAACGGAAGGCGAGAGAAGAGCGAGAAGAAGAACGGAGGAAGGAUCUAACAUCUUUUUAGUUGUCAGGUUCAGGCUAGAAAAGAAUAUCACUGGCCAAGGCACGUGCGGGCAGCCUAAUACUUACUAG